GUGUUCCUAUGGAGCCAAAUAUACCAAAAGAUAAAUGUAAACAACAAAAGAAGCGAUCGAAAUGUGUAUUUCGUGGUUAUUCGACAAUGGCUCCUCAAAGUACACGCCCCAUUCCUACCGUUAAUGUAACGUAACGAGUUCCCCGGUGUAACCAGUUAAACGGUAACACCGGCCCCUACCUGUUUGCAAUCUUACGGUGCACACACACGAUCAUUCGAGUCAUUGAGUCAUAUCUCAUUGCACUUAUUUGACGAGCGCUUCUACAAGCAAAAGGUGUCAAAAAUAGCAGCUCACAGGUUGUCAACACUGAAAUCUCUGCUUACAAGAUGGAGUCCAUGAGCACCUAUAUGUCCUGGGACCCUACCCUAUUUGACCUAGAUGGAUAUCAAUCUCCAAUGGCCGGCUCAGACAGCUCGGCCCUGGAAGAGGCCUUUGAUAUCCAUCAGGUAUUUGACCAGGUGUUCCCGGAGGAGGUGGAGCAUAAUAGGUCCUUCCUCUCCAGCAUCAGGCCGGACUUGCAAGAGCAGUUGGUCCGGGAUAUAAAUGUGAGGGUGGAUCUGGUGGGGAGAUCCCUUGAUAAUGGCCUGAUCCCCCAAGGACCUCCACGAGCCGCAGCGCAACCUCCACAAGCUCCAUCACCUCCAUCACCUCCGUCACCUCAAUCCCCUCCAUCACUGCGUGCCCAGAGCCCAGAGCCCAAGAGCCUGGAAGAGCUGGAUCGAGACCUGGCUAUGGCACUCCGCCCUCACUAUACUGAGGGGGGUGCCUCAAAAGACAAGCUCUCCUCUCUCCAGCAGGCUUUCUUCCUCUGGAAGCUGGAUGUCAUGCAAAUAAAAGACACCAAGGACCUGAAACUGAAGGCGGCCGUCAUUGCCAUUCACGGCGAGGCCGAGGGCAUCUGGCUUCCCGGGUGGAGGCCAAACAGGUCAACAUCUCUCCCUUCCUACCUCGGGGAGAGAAUCAAAACCACACUGCGGAAGAGGCGCCGCUCCGAAAAAACGGGAGGCCAAUUUGGAGACUAGGUUCAGGAUAUUCUUGAACCCAGACCAGGAUUAGCCGGUUCUUGAGUAACUUUGUAUAUAUUUUAAUUGAUUUUCUGUGUCUUUUAUUCUUGUGUUUUUAGUGUUUAUUAUUUUUAUUAUUUGUAAUAUUCGUUGUUAUAUUAUUUGUUAUAUUAUUGUACAUAGUUCAACUUUAUUUGUUACUGUUCCUUAUGUUCAAUACAUGCUCUUUUUUCUCACAAA